AUGGACGCUCCUAUAAUAGCUGUAGUCACUGGCUCCAACCGUGGCAUUGGGUGUGCCAUCUGUGCCGCGCUGGUUCAACAGUUCUCAGGCCCCUUGAUUCUAUAUGCAGCUUCUCGUGCCGGGACCUCUUUUGAUCUAACUGGCCUGACCAUUCCUCCAACCGCCAAAAUUCACCCUGCUCGGCUAUCACUCACUGACCAGGCCACUAUCACUGCCCUCAGCACGAUGGUCGGCAAGGAGCACAUGGGCUGCGACAUUCUCAUCAACAAUGCCGGAAUCUACUAUUUCCAGGAAAACAUCACUGCCGUACAGCGCCAGGAAACUCUGGAUGUGAACUAUCGCGGCACCCUCAAUGUAGAUCACCGAAUCCUCUUCUCAUUUUUACCACCAACUAACCACCGCCAGGUCUGUCAAGCCUUCUUACCUAUCAUGCGAAAAAACGGUCGCAUUGUUAACUUGUCCUCCCAAUCUGGCCAACUCAAAUACUUUGAUCCUAGCUUGCAGAAGCGAUUCUUAUACCCUGAUCUCACCCUUACCGAGCUAGACGCUCUGGUCAACGAGUACAGCCACUUAGCAGACCAGCACACUGCGACCGCAUCGGGCUGGCCCCCCUUGGCCUAUUUUACCAGCAAGGCUGCUCUGAACGCUGCAACACGGAUUCUGGCCCACGAAAACCCUCAUCUACUGAUUAAUUGCUGCUGCCCUGGGUGGGUAGGCACGUCGCUGGGUGCGCAGGCGGGCCAGCCGCCCAAAUCUAUUGAAGAGGGAGCGAGGAUCCCACUGCGACUGGCGGUUGGUGAUAUCGGGAAGAUUAGUGGGCGGUACUGGGCGAAUGAUUCGGUGGCGAGUACGGGCGAUGGGAAGGUUCGGAAUUUCUAG